ACGUGGUCUUAAGCCCCACCGAGUCCCGUUCUGAGUUGGGCCGAGCGCGAGCACAGAUUGGAGUUGUACAAAUAUUCUGCGAUUUCGGGCCUUUUACUCCACGGAUUUGCGCUGAAAAGUUCUCAAAGUGCACCCAGGACCUCUGCAGAGGCUUCGUGUGUGGAGUUACGCUGGAGUUUGGCCGGAUCGGUGAGUUCUGAGUGCGUUUCUUGGGAGGUGGAGGGGAGACGUCUGUGUACUUACUGGGAGCAACAAGUGCAUACCACGGCACACUGAAGUUUCUGAUUUCAUCUCACUUCUGGAUCGAGUUUGGGCUCAGGGACGCGUUUACAGCUCCCUUUCGGCCAUACUUAACUAGCCAGGAGACUCUAAAAGUGUAGUGAAGGCGCAGACGGCAGUCCACUGCUGAUGUCUUGCAGGAGAUAGCAAGACUUCUUCCUGCGGGAGAAUUCCACAAGCCUGGCAGUCCGAGCCGAUCAUGGGCCUGUGCAGGUGCUUACAGCUGCGCCUGCUGCUAGCCGCCAUGGCAACAGCUGCCAUGGCUGCAGUCACCUCAACCCAAGAUGCUACCCCGCAACCAGGAGAACCUCCAUCCUGGAAAAACUCCCUACAAAAGGAUGUCUUUGUGUCAUUAGGACAGAGAACAGAACUUAGAUGUAGAGUGGCUGGAGAACCAAGACCUUCAAUCACAUGGAUUCACAAUGGAGUUGUUAUUGAGGAUGAAAUGCCAAGAUAUGACUUGGGAAGAUUUCGAUUGACUAUUAACAAUGUCCAAUGGGAAGAUGAAGGCAUCUAUACAUGUAUAGCGAAGAACGUCUUUGGAACAAUACAAGGAAAUAUCACAUUACAUGUGCAUGAGAGAGAUUCAGAGAGAAAGAGAGAGAUCGAUUCAGACGAUAAUUUCUCAGGCGACGGAAUCUCGAUGGAUACCACAGGUGCUGAAGGUUUGGAGGAUAUGGAUGUGAGAGACCUGGACCUGGCCGCCCUGAGGGACGGAGAUGAUGAGGACUAUGCUGCAGAUGAGGAGGAGGAUGAUGAGGAGGAGGAUGAAGCAGGGAUGAUCGAUGAUGAUGCUCCCCAUCCACCAGUGUGGCAGAAGCCAGAAGAUAACCAGAAGAUCAUCGCAGCUCCCGCUGGGAACACGGUCAAGAUGCGCUGCCCAGCGACAGGCAGACCUCGCCCCACCAUCAGGUGGCUCAAGGACAAACAGGAGUUCCGAGAGUCAGACAGAAUGGAGGGCUACAAGAUCCGGAACAAGCACUGGAGCCUUGUGAUGACUGGUAUUGUCCCCUCAGACGAAGGCUUCUACACGUGCAUCAUCCAGAACGCCUAUGGCAGCAUCAACCACACCUACGAGUUGGAUGUCAUAGAGCGAUCCCCAAGCCGACCCAUCCUGGCACCUGGGCUGCCCCAGAACCAGACAGUGGUGGUGGGGAGUACAGUGGACUUCCAGUGUAAGGUCUUCAGUGAUGCUCAGCCUCACAUUCAGUGGCUGAAGCACUAUGAAGUGAAUGGGAGCUACGUGGAUGCUAAUGGCAAACCCCACGUCAGAGUACUGAAGAGCUCCAGCAUGGACUUUUCAGAUACGGAUACCAUUCCUAUCGAUGAUACAGCGGAUGUGAAUAACACAAAGCAAGACCUGGAGAAGCUGGUCCUAAGGAAUGUUACUGAGGAGGAUGCGGGACAGUAUACUUGCUUGGCGGGGAACUCUAUAGGCUUUUCCUAUAACUCUGCUUGGCUGACUAUUAUACCAGAGUAUCCCACGCCUCCGACAGAGGAUACCAGAAAGCCUGUCAAACCUGAGAAAUACGACAUCGCGGCAGAGAUCGCCGUCUACUCCGUGGGCGGUGUCUUCCUCCUCACCAUCUUUGCCUUCGUGGCCAUCUACUACUUCCGCUUCAAGAGGAAGCAGGUGCCAAAGAGCAAUGAACCCCCGCUCUGUCAGCUGAAGAAACCUCUACACUUAAAACGACAGGUAUCACUAGAGUCGUCUUCAUCGAUCAACUCAAACGCGCCGCUGGUGAGAUUACGGAGUACCAGACUCUCGUCAUCACUGGGGGGCGUCACAGAGUAUGAGCUGCCCCUCGAUCCAGACUGGGAGUUUCCAAGAGACAGAUUACAUCUUGGUAAACCCCUUGGGGAGGGCUGCUUUGGUCAGGUGGUCAUGGCUGAUGCUGUGGGCAUCAUUGAGAAGGAAACCGUCACCACAGUAGCUGUGAAGAUGCUGAAAGAGGACGCCACGGAGCGAGAGCUUGCCGACCUGGUGUCCGAGAUGGAGACGAUGAAGAGGAUCGGCAAGCACAAGAACAUCAUCAACCUGCUGGGCUGCUGCACACAGGAUGGUCCCCUGUUUGUAAUUGUGGAGUACGCGGAGCACGGUAACCUGCGUGACUUCCUGCGGGCCAGGAGACCGCCCAGCAUGGACUACUACAAAAUGGCGGUCGAGUGCGACAAGCCACUCACUCACAAAGACCUGGUGUCGUUCGCCUACCAGAUAGGCAGAGGGAUGGAGUUCCUGCAUUCGAAAAAGUGUAUACAUCGAGACUUGGCGGCGAGAAAUGUCCUAGUCGCUGAGGGGAACGUGAUGAAGAUUGCUGACUUUGGCCUGGCGAGGGACAUCCACAACAUGGACUACUAUAAGAAAACCACAAAUGGUCGCCUCCCUGUGAAGUGGAUGCCACCAGAGGCACUGUUUGACAGGGUGUACACUACACAGAGUGAUGUGUGGGCGUUUGGAGUGCUGCUGUGGGAGAUCAUGACGUUAGGUGGCGGCCCCUACCCUGGCAUCCCCGUUGAGGAACUCUUCAAACUGCUGAAGGAAGGACACAGGAUGGAGAGGCCACAGAACUGCUCGGCUGAAAUGUAUGAGCUGAUGCGCUGGUGCUGGCAGGCCAACCCCAACACCAGACCAAACUUCAACAUCCUGGUGGAGAAUCUGGACAGGAUGCUCACUCUCUCAGCCAAUGAGGACUAUCUGGACUUGGAGGCCCCUUUGGACAGUUUCACAACGAGCUCCUCCCAACCUCCGAGUUACCAUGGCAGCAGCGAUGAUGAUUUUGAAGAGGAUGCCAAGGUCGACACUGUCAUGCUCCCACCCCAGGCUCCCAGCAGAAAACCCACAGAUAACAAGGAGACAACGAUAUAGGCUGCUGCUGAGGCCUGUGUAUUUUGUACCAAACUGUCCACUUUCAACUCAUCACUAAUUGUAUAUUAUUUUGUGAACAAAAAA